AAGUUCUUAAAGCAUCGAAUGCUGACGGCGAGAGCUGCUUGGCCGUUGCCAGUGGCGGCAUCCCAGGCUAAACCGUGGUGAUCGGUGAGAUCGGCGAGCUUGGAGAACCAUUCUGAUGGGUAAUUGGGUCUGGCGUCUAGGAUUUGUGGAAUUUAAGACUGGGUUAGUUGAAGAAAGACGUCAUUGCUUACAGACUACAGAGUCAAUGCUUUCUCGUUACUUUUCAGAUCCGAAGAGUAAACACCAUGGAGACACUGGAAACUGAGAAACUCUUCUCAGUGGAAAAACCUCUGCUGAAACCAGUUUCAGAUCAUUCUGUGGAGAUGACAAGGCAUGGAAGAAACGCUGUUGUCUCCGUUCUGCUUCAGCCUGUCCAGUGGCUACGAAUGUUGUGUUCUCGGCUAAAUCCGAGCUUUGUUGUAGGCGUGGUCCUUGUAUACGGCCUAAACCAAGGGUUCUCCGGUUCAAUAUUCAAAGUCAUCACAGAUUAUUACUGGAAAGAUGUGCAGCAAGUGCAGCCAUCGGUUGUGCAGCUUUACGUGGGACUGUAUUACAUCCCCUGGGUCAUGAGACCCGUCUGGGGUCUCUUCACGGAUGUUUUCCCGAUCAGAGGUUACAAAAGAAAGCCUUAUUUUGUGGUCGCUGGUGUUCUUGGUUUGGUCUCUGCGAUUGCACUUGUAGUUCUUGGUAAGUUGCCUGCUGCUUUGGCUUUGAGCUGUCUCUUAGGUGUCUCUGCGGCUAUGGCCAUUGCAGAGGUGGUAAUUGAUGCGUGUAUAGCAACAAACAGCAUCAAUAUCCGGUCUUUGGCUCCUGAUAUACAGAGCCUUUGUAUGGUUUGUUCGUCUGCUGGUGCUUUAGUGGGAUACGCAACUAGUGGAGUCUUUGUUCACAGGCUUGGACCUCAGGGAGCAUUAGGGGUAUUAACACUGCCACCUGCAACGAUUAUCAUACUUGGGCUUUUCAUCUACGAGAAAAGAUCUUCUACUGUCCUUAUACAGAAAAACAAAAAGGACGAAGAUGGCGUAGGAGUAGCGGUGAAGGGAAUGUACAAAACUAUAAAGUACCCUCAAGUAUGGAAGCCAUCACUUUACAUGUUCAUAUCGCUAGCUCUCAAUAUCAGUACUCAUGAAGGCUACUUCUACUGGUACACUGAUCCUAAAGCUGGUCCCGCCUUCUCCCAGGAGUUUGUGGGCAUAAUAUAUGCGAUAGGAGCUUUAGCAUCGAUGUUUGGAGUUCUGAUAUACCACAAGAAGCUCAAAGGCUAUUCCUUUAGGCACAUACUCUUCUUUGCACAACUCCUAUACGGCUUAUCAGGAAUGCUCGACCUCGUCUUCAUCAAACGCUGGAACAUAGUCCUUGGGAUACCCGAUUCCUUCUUUGUGAUAACAGAAGAAUCUUUCUCAAGGAUCAUAAGUAAGAUCAGGUGGAUCCCCAUGAUCGUUCUCAGCACAAGGCUUUGUCCUCUGGGAAUCGAAGGCACGUUCUUUGCUUUCCUCAUGUGCAUUGAUAGCUUCGGACAGCUUGCUUCUAAGUGGAGUGGAGGGUUGGUUCUUCACGCUUUUGGUGUCACCAGACACGAGUUUGGGAACCUCUGGCUCGUGAUUCUUCUUAGGAAUGUCCUGAGAUUCGCUACGCUGUGUUUCAUUGUCCUCGUUCCGGAUUCUGAUCAUUUGGAUGAUCUUGUACCCUCUGAUGUGUUGCCAGAGAACCAACCAGAAGAUGACGAUGAUAUUAAACUUUUGCUUUUGUAAAGGUUUUUUGUAUACUGUUUCAAAACACUAACUACAUGUCGUUUCUUAGAAGAGAAUACUCGCAGCUAAUUUCUAAAAAACAGCUUGUAGUUUUCACAUUAUAAAUGGAAUACACGCUGUUUUAU